CGGCACCAUGACUACUACUCCUCACUACACACAGCUUUAAUCGAUUGCUAUACAUUAUACAGAAAGCUAAUUAAGGCCGUCGAUCAAGUAGAAACUAGCUACGCUCUGCGCAGUCAUGAUCAAGCUGAGGUACUCGAAGAAGCUGUUCAAGAGGAGCUCCUGGUCCAGGGGGAGUGCUUGCGGCAUCCGCCAUGGUGAUGUGGCAGGUGGCGUCGCCGGCGGCGGGGAGAUAGAGUGGGAAGUGAGGCCGGGAGGGAUGCUGGUGCAGAAGAGGGACGGGGAACGGGGGGAGGAGGUGAUCGUGGUGAGGGUCUCCACUGGAUUCUCUUGCCAUGAUGUGUCCAUUGGGGCUACCCGCACGUUUGGGGAACUGAAGGUGAUUCUGGCCAUGGCGACGGGGCUGCAGCCCAGGGAGCAGAGGCUGCUGUUCAGGGGCAAGGAGAGGGAGGACAGUGACCACCUCCACAUGGUUGGGGUGGGGGACAAGGACAAGGUCCUCUUGCUUGAGGACCCGGCCCUCAAGGAAAUGAAGCUCCGGGCCGCGAGAGGUGUCGCGCCCCGGCCCGUGCAAAGCCCGCGCCAAUCUUUUAUUCAGGUGUAGGCAAGGUCCGCCACAUGGAUCGACGCCCUAACUAUUAGCUCACGAACGGUGUUGCUAUUUGUUUUCAUCACCAAUUUCCGGAAUGUUUUAUAUCUGGGGUGGUCCGAGUGGGAGCGUGUUUUUGGCUCCUCGCUUUGGUUAAUGUUAGUGCCGCUCCAUUGUAGGGCAGAUUAAGGGUCCCUUGUGAUGAGAGUGAGAGCUUUCCUAAUCAUGUUAGUUAGUUCGUUGGAAGUGUCAAGCAACCAUGGUGGUUGUGAUGUGAUGUUAAGUCUGAUGCUGGGCCUGCUCAUGUUAUCCCUACUCCCUAGUGAUAUGGUCCUUUCCGAUUUCCGUCCAUGGAUUAUGGAUGGGACAAAGUCAUAAUAUGUAUGUGACUUGUGUUCUCAUGAAUGAAAGGAACUAAACCUAAA